AUAUAUACUGUAAGAUAGUUCACAAAAUCUCUCAAACAUCUUCGAAUCUGCAUAUAGGGAGGUAUUUUAAAUAUCUCACGCUAUGCACUUACGGAUAAAUUUCACGGGGGAUAAUUGAUGUACUCUAAAUAAUUUAAAUAAUUUUCCAAAACUCACUGUGCAAUCGCGAACAUAUAAUUAAUGUAAAUAUCGAACGAGAUAUCGCUCAAUUAUAUUGUUCUUACGCGAGUUUACUGUAAAGUAAACGAGCGGAGAGGAGUGAAUGCUGACGUUGUGAGUAGGAGGGUGGAAGGUGACGGGAGAGGGGAGAGGAGUACACGUCGCGCAGUUGUGCAAACAAAUUAAGCUAAUUAAUCGAGAAGAACGCGGCCGUGCUUCAGUCGCAUGCUUACAUGCGAGUACAGAUUCUCCUUCUCGUCAUCUUCCGCACUUUAGAGCGGGAAAGAACGAGAUAUCUUUGUGUGCUCCUCUCUACGGAAACAUUAAUUAAGUGGCAAGUUACGUUCCGUCAGGACGAAACGGCGAAUGUAUCUAGCAGGAUGAAUUCGUGCGCGGUCUACUUUUCCCAGUUACGGGCGAUGCUCGUGAGAAAUCUUCUGCUCAAGAAACGCGAAAAGCGGAAGACGAUGGCGGAGAUCUUUCUACCCCUAUACACUCUUGGGAUCUUGAUUGUGGUGAAGGUCCUGAUACCAAACCCAAACUACCCCGCGAUGACGACGCAAAGGCACGAAGAAGAUGUAUUUAAAUUUUUCAACGGCCACAAAAAUAACACGAUUGCCGUGGUACCCAAUUCUACAGAAACCCUCAGCUUUUUAAGCUCCAUGAACACCCUCUGGCUCUCUAUGUGGGAUUAUCCCGAUAAGCUUCCCUUAAACUUCAUGGUGUUCGACACGAAGGAGGAUCUGCAGGCAGCAUAUUGGAGAGAGACUUACAGCGGGUACAACGUACCCUUGGCAGUUAUCUUCGAGGAUUCCCAACCGAUAUCACAGUAUCUCAUAUAUGAAAUUAGGAUGAAUCCUUCGCAUUUGCCGCCUUCGCCAACAGAACUGUAUUCUGCUCCGGUUACCUGUCGAAAAGACACAAGCCACUGGAUGGGCGGCAUUUUGUCGAUAGAGACCGGCGGAUCCUGCCCCGUCAAAAAUUACUUGCGUUCUGGCUUCUUAGCUCUACAGAUGAUAAUGGAUAUCACAAAGAUAAGAUUGGACACGGGAAAUUCGGACGUAACUGUGCCGGAUAUUAAACUCGAGAUGUUUCCCAAGGAAGCUUUUACCGCUGACUGGAUGCUAGCCUUCAGAGUUGUUAUUCCUCUCUACAUGGUCUUAGCGCUCUCACAAUUCAUCACUUACCUCCUGAUCUUGAUAGUCGGCGAGAAGGAGAAUAAAAUAAAGGAGGGGAUGAAGAUCAUGGGCCUAAAUGAUUCUGUGUUUUGGUUGUCAUGGUUUAUCAUCUAUAGCAUCUUCGUUUUUUUGCUCUCCGCCGUCGGAGUGGUACUGCUUUUCACUCUGCAAAUGUUUCAACAUACUCAUUUCCUGCCGAUAUUUCUUCUGGUGGUGCUAUACAGUUUCUCCGUAAUCAUGUUCGCCUUCAUGAUCACGCCGUUCUUCGAUAAGUCGCGUACGGCUGGUGUCUUGGGCAACUUUGCUGUCACGAUACUGAGUUUAAUGUACUUCAUCCAAGUAUUCGUAGACGAUUCUAGCUCGGUCUGCUUCUGGUUGGUCUCUCUACUUAGCCCAACCGGAGUCGCCUUGGCGAUGGACAAGGCUCUGGUACUGGAUUUGCAAGGUCAGGGAGUGAAUUUUGAUAAUCUGUGGUCUGGCCCUGGGAUACCCUUCGGCGGUAGUCUCAUCAUGAUGACUCUGGAUAUUUUCCUAUAUGGCUGUCUGGCCUAUUAUUUCGAUUCGGUGGUACCAAGUGAGUACGGAACCAAGAUGCCACCUUGGUUUUGCUUUGUACCUGGAUUUUGGUGUCAGAGAAAGGUUCAAAGGGUACCAUCGUCGAAUGGCGAGUCGAACUCUUUCAUUCCGGGCGAGGAGACGAAUCGCGACGUGGAGCCGGUAGUGCGAGAGAUGAAGGGCCGUGAGGCGAUUAGAAUAGCCGAUCUCUACAAAUCUUAUCACAAAUGCAGACGCGCGGAGACCAAGGCUGUGAACGGCAUCAAUCUUACCAUUUACGAAGGCCAAAUCACCGCCAUCCUCGGACACAACGGCGCCGGCAAGACCACCCUCUUCAACAUUCUUACAGGUCUGACCGCACCUACCUCUGGCACGGCUCUUAUAUUUGGGUACGAUGUGCGCGACUCCAACGACAUGCGGGCGAUACGCAGCAUGACGGGGGUCUGUCCGCAGCACGAUAUUCUUUUCGAUCUACUGACGCCGCGCGAACACCUCGAAUUCUUCGCCGCCGUGCGCGGCAUUCCACGCUCGAUGAUACAACACGAGGUGAAGAAAACCCUGAAAGAUAUCGAUCUACUGGAAAAAGCGGACACUUUCGCGAAAUACCUAAGCGGUGGACAAAAGAGGAAGCUAUCGGUGGGAAUCGCUAUCAUCGGCGAUCCCAAAAUCAUUAUCCUCGAUGAGCCUACCGCCGGGGUGGAUCCUUAUUCGCGAAGACAGAUGUGGUCUUUUCUGCAAUCGAGACGACAUGGAAAGGUGAUUCUGCUGACGACUCACUUCAUGGAUGAGGCGGAUAUUCUUGCAGAUAGAAAAGCAGUAAUCAGCAAGGGAAAACUCCGGUGUUGCGGCAGUUCUCUGUUCUUGAAGAACAAGUUUGGCAUUGGAUAUCACUUAACUUUAGUCCUAGAAGGUAACGCAAGGGAACAUGCUAUCAACCGGUUAGUGAUGUCGCACGUGAGUAAAGCGGAGAAGGCGAGACGUCACGGUCGAGAAUUGAGCUUCAUUCUACCGCACAAUUCUGUGGAGAGCUUUGCCUCACUGUUUACCGCCAUCGAGCACGAGAUCAAGACCCGCUCGAGCAGACUCGGCAUCAGUAGCUACGGUGUGUCGAUGACCACCCUGGAGGAAGUGUUUUUGCAUUUGGAAAAAGACGAGGAAACCGAGUGCACGAUGGACAAUCUGUCGAAAAAGAUGGUGCGCAAUCGAGCGCUCAGUCGAUCGCUUUCGUUGCAGUCCAAGAGCACGUCUUAUCAGAGUUUGCAGAACGAGGGAGUAACCGUUCAAGGCGACAGUCAAGGAAAAGUGAGCGAUUUGCCAGACGGCGUCCAUAACGACCGAAAUCCGCCUGUGCUUGGUCUCGGCCUAGAUCCUAUCAAGAUCCGGCCUAACUUCCUUCAGACCCUCUACGCCAUGCUACGUCUAAGGGUGCUCAGACUCCUCAGGAAUAUCCAGCUAUUGUACUUUACGAUCCUCAUGCCGCUAGCUCUGAUAGUGCUCGGUCUCUAUCUGCACAGUAUCCAGACCGUCGGCAUCAAGAUGCAGUCGCUGGAACUUAAUAACCACACAUACGGCGAAGAAACCAGGAUUCUCUACAUAAAUAACACCGACCGCGCCAUUACCGAGUUGACGGACGGUAUAGCUCAGAACGCGAUGCAUAUCGAGGAAUACGACGGCAAUUUCGCAAAUUUAUUGAACAUUGCGCCGCAUAUAGCUGCCUUCAAUAUUAAUGAUUAUCAUCUGCCACGAUUCAACAUGACCAUCAUCUACAAUGAUACGAUGCAACAUUCCCUUCCGAUCUUGAUAAACAUUCUUUCAAACACUUAUUAUAGAUUGAUCUCAGACAAGAACGAUCCUACGCGGAUCGAAGUCAAAACGCAUCCCUUCCAGCAAAGAUCGCAACCUCAAGGGUUCAACAUUGGUACGGCCGGUUGUGCUCUCUUUAUCGGUAUGGACUUCGUGUUAUUGCCGAUUACUCUAGCAGUAGAUAUGGUUUACGAUCGCGAGAUCAAAGCAAAGAACCAGCUUCGUGUGAAUGGCCUGUCGUUUCCUAUGUACUUCCUGAGCUAUUUUAUCGUCCUGGUUGGCCUGAUGAGUUUCAUCUGCCUGUGCAUCCUCGGCAUUAUAUUCAUUUUCCAAGUGCCUUCGCUACAGGAGCUGCCGGCGAUUAUCACCCUCGGCACUCUUUUCAUGCUCUACUGCCCAUCGUCUAUUCUCUUUUCGACCUGCCUCAGCUACAUCUUUGACAAGAUGGAUUCCGCGCAAAGCAUCUUGCCGAACAUCGCGACCUUCUUCGGACUGAUACCGUUCCUCCUCGUCAUGAUCCUUGAUAUGCUGGGAAUCGGUGGAACAGCGCCGUUCGCGUUGCACGUGGUCUUCUCACUGUUGAAUGCCAUGUAUUUGCCGUAUGCAGCAGUAUAUUAUGUGGAUCGCGUUUACGUGGUGUGCUCUAUCAAUGCCGUCUGCCAACAUCUCACUAUGUCCGAUUAUCUCACCACGGAGAUCAUAUUGAUGGCUUUCGGCGCGCUGUUGCACAUCCCGCUCUGGUUCUUCGUUCUGCUUCUAUUGGACAUUAAAAAGAGCGGCGGCAAUGUUAGCGAUUUCUUCAAAUACUUUCUGCGUAAUGGUGGCUCCAUUAAUGAAGAAAUAAUGGAAAAUCCUGACAUCGGUGAACAUGAAGAUACGGAUGUGAAAAACGAGCGGCAAAAGGUUUUCAACCUUAUUACAUCAUCGGCCGUUCAAGAGCCGCCUGUAGUAUUGGUCCAGAACCUGCGAAAAGAGUACUGUCAACGAGAGGUAGGAUCGUCCUGCAGUUGCUGCUUGAAGCGUGAGGAGGAGGUCGUGCAGAAGCAACGGAAGAUCGCCGUGCGAAAUCUCUCGCUGAUGGUAGAACCGGGUGAGGUUCUGGGUCUGCUAGGCCACAACGGCGCCGGCAAAACCACGACCAUGAAAAUUAUCAUUGCCGAGGAAGCGGCGACGAGGGGCAGGGUACAAAUCGGCGGCCACAAUAUCAACACCCACAUGGCGGAUGCUUUCCGGCAGAUGGGCUAUUGCGCUCAAUGGAAAAAUAUUACCGUGCGAGAACAUCUCGAGUGCUAUGCCGUGAUUCGCGGGGUUCCAUGGAGCGAUGUCAAUAGAAUCGUGGAUCUAUAUCUGUCCGGUCUACAAAUUCACGAACAUGCCGACAAGCAGACUCAAGAAUGUUCCGGUGGGACUAGAAGAAAACUCAGCUUCGCGAUGGCAAUGGUCGGUGGACCCAAGGUGGUUCUGAUGGACGAACCAAGCACAGGCAUGGAUCCUAGGUCAAAGAGAUUCCUAUGGGACACGAUUCUUGCUAGUUUCCAGGGUGGCAGGGGAGCCAUAUUAACUACCCACUCUAUGGAAGAAGCCGAUGCGCUGUGUUCGAGAGUCGGUAUAAUGGUGAGGGGUGAGCUGAGAUGCAUCGGCUCGACUCAGCACCUGAAGAAUCUCUACGGUGCCGGCUACACUCUCGAGAUGAAGCUGCAAGGCGGCGAUUGCACACCAACAACUCCCUCCGGCGAUAGAAUUGCUAGCUUGAAAGAAUUUGUCGCCGGCCUCUUCUCCGACGCCACCUUGGAGGAAAGCUUUGCCGAUCGGGUGGUCUUCGCCGUGCCCCAACACGCUGUGAACUCGCUGGCCGAGUGCUUUAUGCAGUUGGAGAAAGCCAAACUCGAACUGGACAUAGAGGAAUAUAGCUUUAGUCAAACUACUCUGGAACAAGUAUUCCUCAAGUUCUCGCAUUACGACGAGGGCAAUUCCGUGGAAUGAUAAUUCAUAGUGCUAAUGUGUCGUUGUUAUAUAAUAAUCGGUGAUGUGAAUUCGCAAUCAGUGUGCGUAAAAAAAAGUGUUCGUCUGCACGUGAAUGCGCGAAAAAGUGUGCUCGAAUGACGAAUGUUUUUAAUUGCUAAGUUUUGAGAACACGGUCUCCGUUAUUUUCGUUAGCGAAUCAUGCGAUUGCGAUGACAUUCAUCGGCGCCUCCUUGCUUCAAGGUGUUGUCCAGAUGAACAUGACGGUUAUCCAACGGUUCUAGUAUUAUAUUUCGAAAAAGUAGCAAUGUGACACAUCGUCUCGUGCCUUCAAAUCCUUGGAGGGUCAAUGAAGAAACGAUAGUAUGAGAUGAGAGAAGAGAAGUUUGUCAAUAGUCUUAAUUGUAUUUUAAAGUGUUGCGUCAAGUCGAUACGUAUAAGUCGCUCCGAAACUUGAUGAAAACUGAAGAAAGACAGAACGGAACAAUUAUCCGAAUCAUAGCGUUUAGGAUGACGAAGAAUUAUUUAAUAUUGUUCUGAAAUAUUAAAGAAA